AUGUCUUCCCUGCUCUGCAAAAAUGGCGUCCAGGACGAUACCCUCAUCUCCAUACUCGCCAGAUGCAGCUCAUUGCCACAGCUCAAGCAGAUUCACGCUUUGGUCAUCACUCUACGCCUCUCUCCGGUCGAUACAUUCGUCUCCAGAAUCGAGUCUUUCUCUGAACCCUCCAAUUCGAAUUGCCUGGACUACUGCUACCGGGUUCUCUCAAACCUCCCGAAUCCCGCUCCGACCUUCGCUUGGAAUGAAGUCAUACGAAGGUACUCCGCCACCAAUACCCCGAACAGAGCUCUCUCUGCUUUUACCCAAAUGCUGCGAACUGGAGUUUCCCCUGACCAUCUCACGUACCCUUUUCUUUUCAAGGCUUCGUCCCGCCUCUUCGACCUCAAACCCGGCCUCUCGGUCCAUGCCCACACUACGAAGGAAGGGUUCAAUUCGGACAGAUAUAUCGCGAACUCCAUGCUCCAUAUGUACGCAUCCUGUAGGGAUAUAGCUCAUGCACGCAUGGUGUUCGACGAAAUUCCCGUGAAGAACCUGGUCUCGUGGAACUCGAUGGUGGAUGGGUAUGCGAAGUGUGGUAACAUGGAAUUGGCACGCAAGGUGUUUGAUUUGAUGCCUGAUAGAGAUGUCGUCUCGUGGAGCUGCUUGAUCGAUGGCUAUGUUAAAGCAGGGGGAUACAAGGAAGCAUUGGUAAUGUUUAACAAGAUGCAAGGGGCUGCCAAUACCGAGGCCAAUGAGGUAACCAUGGUGAGCGUUCUUAGCGCAUGUGCCCACUCGGGCGAGCUCGAGAAAGGCAGGGCGAUGCAUGACUACAUUACCCGCAACUCCUUGCCCAAGACUCUGGUCCUGCAAACUUCUCUCGUCGACAUGUACGCCAAAUGCGGAGCAGUGGACGAAGCUUUGAAGGUCUUUCGCGAGUUCCCUGUCCUGAAAACCGACGUCUUGAUCUGGAACGCCAUGAUUGGUGGGCUCUCCGCGCAUGGUUUGCUCGAAGAAGCUCUGCAUUUGUUCGCUGAGAUGCAAACAGCCGGGAUUAAACCAGACGAGAUCACGUAUCUAUGCUUGUUGAGCGCUUGUGCGCAUGGAGGGUUAGUGAACGAGGCAUGGUUCUUCUUUGAUUGCCUUGAGAAGCAUGGCAUGGCGGCCAAGAGCGAGCACUAUGCCUGCUUGGUGGAUAUGCUGGCUCGAGCUGGUCAGGUUGCAGAGGCGUACGAGUUUGUGAGCAGAAUGCCUGUCGAGCCAACUCCUUCUAUGUUGGGCGCUCUCUUCAACGGGUGCUUGAACCACAAAAGGCUCGAUCUUGCGGAGAUAGUUGGGAGGAAGCUGAUAGAGAUGCAGCCUGAUAACGACGGGAGGUAUGUCGGAUUGGCAAAUGUUUAUGCUGAGGUGAGAAGGUUGGAUGAAUGUAGGGACACGAGAGGAGAGAUGGAGAGGAAAGGGGUGAAGAAAACUCGUGGGUAUAGUAUUGUGGUUUAG